AUGUCUAAUCUGUAUGCUCGCGAUGGUAUCUCGACGGUUGAUCCGCCUUUAUCCCAGGCGGUCGGCUACGUCGUGGUUGUUGUGAUCGGAAUUAUUAUUGCUUUCAUCAUGAUGCUUGUUACGAAGGUCCUAAAGAAGACAGCAGGAGAGGAUAACAAGAAAACAGAAAUGUGGAAUUCGUUCAUGACGGCAAAUAGAACAGUUCGGACGGGUCUUACAGCAUCCGCUGUCAUAUCGUCUUGGCUAUGGUCUACUGCGCUCUUAGGAUCUUCAUUUGUCGGCUAUAGUUAUGGUAUAGCCGGUCCCUUCUGGUUCGCUGCUGGUUGCAGCCCCAUGAUCGUGUUCUUUGCUCUACUUGGAAUAUCCUGCAAACGAAAGAUUCCCGAGGCACAUACAUCUUUGGAGGUUGUUCGCAUUCGCUACGGCCGAGUUGCUCAUGUUGUAUUCAUGGUCCUUUGUCUCGUUAACAACAUCUUCGCCUGCGCAAAUAUGCUACUUGGAGCUUCCGCUGUAAUCACUCCCGUCUCUGGAAUGCAUAUUAUUGCAUCUACCUUCCUAUUACCCGUCGGUGUGACAAUCUACACAUUUGUUGGGGGAAUUAAAGCAACUUUCUUGACUGAUUAUUUUCACACCGCAAUCAUCUUGAUUAUUGCAUGUUACUUUUCCAUCAAGGCAUUCUCAGCCGACCAGGUUGGUUCGAUCGAGAACUUGUUUGAUCUAGUGCAAGCAGCUGCCCAGCGACAUCCAGUUUCUGGAAACUACGAGGGCACCUACCUUACUAUGACAUCAAAGAGUGCAAUUCUAUUUGCUAUCCUCCACACCUGUUCCAAUUUUGGUCUGGUAAUUAUGGAUACUAGCUACUUUAUCAAAGCCUUCUCGGCCAAGCCAUCCUCGGUGGUGCCGGGAUAUACAAUUGGUGGUAUUGCUUAUUUUUCCAUCCCUUGGGCACUAGGUACAGUUAUGAGCUCUGUGGCUCUUGGUCUUGAGAACCAGUCAAACUUCCCAACCUUUCCUCGGAGAAUGACAUCUUCCGAGGUCAGCAGUGGCCUUGUACUCCCUUAUGCUGCGAUUACAAUUGCAGGGAAAGGUGGAGCCGCGGCUGUGCUCUUGAUCAUUUUCAUGGCUGUAACUUCAACUCUCUCGGCGCAAGUGAUUGCAGUCAGCUCAAUCCUCAGCUUUGAUGUUUAUCGUGAAUAUUUCAAUAAAUCUGCGACCGACAAAGAUCUGAUUCGGUCUAGUCAUUUUGGUGUGGUCUUCUUCGCUGCAUUUUCAGCCGGAUUUAGCACAAUGCUGCAUUAUGUCGGGAUUGACCUUGGUUGGACUCUGUACAUGCUUGGAGUUGUUACCUGCCCCGGAAUCUUCCCGAUGGUUUUCACCGUUCUGUGGCGUAAACAUAGCAAGGCGGCGGCCAUUCUGUCGCCCAUUCUCGGCUUGGCCACUGGGCUUGCUGUCUGGCUGGGCACUGCCUCUCGCUUUUUUGGUGAAGUAUCAGUUGCAACAACCGGUGAAAUCCUACCGUGUGUCUACGGUACAGUGGCCUCCUGCUUCUCACCAAUUCUAUACUCGGUCGUGAUCACACUUAUCAAACCCCAGAACUAUGAUUGGGUCGACUUUAAAAAGGAAAAACUUGCAUUGGAAAAGUUAGACAGUGAGCUGACUACCGUUCAUCAUGACGAGUCCACUAGUCAAAAUGUCCCCGGCAGUAUUGAGCAGGGUGGUGUACACAGUGCCUCCACUGAUGCGCAAGAACUCAAGCGAUGGGGUCGUAUCGCUGCGUUUUGGUCUAUCGCAACAUUCCUGGGUCACUGGGUAAUCUGGCCAUUGCCAAUGUAUGGUUCGCAUUAUAUUUUUGGAAAGAAGUUCUUCGUUGCCUGGGUUGUCGUCGCCAUCAUCUGGCUAUGGGGAACCAUGCUUGUCGCAAUUUGUGCACCACUACUGGACGGUGGCAUCCAGCAGAUUGUUCAAGUAUACCAUGGACUCACUGGUAAAGGUCAAAUUCCUGGAACUUCCAACGAUAGUAAAGAAGUUGGAGUUGCGAGUACCUCUGCUUCACAGUCUGGAGGGUCUCUCGGCGAAGGAAAGGAGGCCGCAAGCGAGAACUUAUGA